AUGGAUUGGGAUGAUGAUGUUGAUUAUUAGUUUAAAAAUGUAAAUCAAAGAUUAAAAGAAUUAUCGGAUGGAUAAUAUUGUGAUUCAUUUUAAGAAUUAUUUGAAUAGAUUAAAAUAAUUUACAACUGCGAUGAAAACUAAAAAAAAUUAGAAGCUAAUUAAUUAUUAACAGCAAAACAAUUUAUUUUAGAUUUUAUUGAACUAGGUACUUAUUUUAUUGUUAAAAAAUUCACAAAUGAAAAUCUUGAUGAAGAUAAAAUGUUUGAUAAUUUAAUUAAUUCUUUUUCGGAUUUUGUAAAUACUGAUGAAAGAAUGGAAUCUUAUCGUGGAAUUGUUGGUUUAUGUUUGACAAUGGUCAGAAAUUCUCAAGAAAAAAAGAAAGAAAAUAAAGAAAAAAGAAAAGUAGGAAAAAAAACUUGUGAGGAAUAACCUUAUCAGUCUGAAAUUUAAUAAAUUUUAUCUGAUAUGGGCUAAAAUAAAUUUCCAGAAUGUUUUAAUUCUUCUAAUUAUCCAGAUACUUACAAUUAUUUAGUUGAGUAAAUUAAUUAAAGUUAUUAAAAUGAUGAAAACUAUCAAAACUAUCAAAACUAAAAAAACUAACAAAACUAACAAAAUGAUUAAAAUAGUGAUUUGGAUAGUGAAAUAGAAGAUUAAAAUAGUUAAAUAGAAGAUUAAAAUAGUUAAAUGGAUUAUUCCGACGAAGAUCAAAAUGAAGAUUUUUCAAUUGAUGAUGAAAAUUAUCUCGAUAGUUCAAAAACCAAAACCAGAUAACAUUACCAAACAAAUGAAACUGAUAAAAAAAAUAUAUUCGAAUUUAAUUGA